CUCCGCCCCCCAACAGCUCUCCUGUGCUGGUGCAUUCGCGCGCACUUCAAGCGAAAUUUCCAACAGCCCCUGAACGCAUCUUAUCUUCUGCCCGGUUAUCAGCAUGGAAAGAAAGGUUCUCGCAAUGCAAGCAAGGAAGAAAAGGACAAAGCCUAGGAAACCUGGCAAAAAGUCAGAGCCUCAUGGUCGUGGAGGAGGCUCCCAGCCGGGCCAGGCAGACUCUCCACUCCCUGAGCAAGACGAGGAGAUCCUGGGCUCUGAUGACGACGAGCAGGAGGACCCCAACGACUACUGCAGGGGUGGAUAUCACCAUGUGAAGAUUGGCGAUCUGUUUAGCGGGAGAUACCAUGUGAUACGUAAGCUGGGCUGGGGGCACUUCUCCACUGUGUGGCUGGCCUGGGACAUACAAGAGAAGCGCUUCGUGGCCAUGAAGGUUGUGAAAAGUGCUGAACAUUACACAGAAACCGCACUAGAUGAGAUCAAGCUGCUGAAAUCUGUUAGAAACACAGAUCCCAGUGACCCAAACAGAGAGAAAGUGGUGCAGCUCCUUGAUGACUUCAAAGUUUCUGGCAUGAAUGGCACUCAUGUUUGCAUGGUGUUCGAGGUGCUGGGAUAUCACCUUCUCAAGUGGAUCAUCAAGUCGAAUUAUCAAGGCCUGCCUCUACCGUGUGUCAAAAGCAUCAUACAACAGGUCCUGCAGGGUUUAGACUACCUCCACACCAAGUGUAAGAUCAUCCACACGGACAUCAAACCAGAGAACAUUCUGCUGACUGUCAACGAGCCCUACAUCAAGAAAAUGGCUGCUGAAGCGACACAGUGGCAGAAGACUGGUGCUGCUCCACCCUCGGGCUCUGCAGUGAGCACAGCCCCACAACCCAAACCAAUGGCCAAAAUGUCAAAAAACAAAAAGAAGAAGAUGAAGAAGAAGCAAAAGAAGCAGGCAGAGCUGCUGGAGAAGAGGAUACAGGAUAUGGAGGGAGGGGCAGCACCUGAAGGAGGAGAAGAAGAUGAAGAGGAGGAGACGACGACAACAACAGAGACCACUGAAGAUACUACAUCUUCAGCCACCAUCUCUAUGUCGGCCACGCUGCAAGACAUUGCUAGCCAUACAGCAACAGACUCGCCUCCUGAUGAGCAGCCCCUGCAGACGCCCGAGCAGAAUGAAAACACAGAGACCGCGGCCGAAGAGAACAAGAUGGAGGUAAACUGUAACGGCUGUGCUUCUACACCAGAGAGUGAGACAAGUCCAGAGGAACCAGGGACCAAGGAAACAACGGAGGAGCAGGAGGACCAACAGAACGCCAACCAACCUGACAGUAACACAGAUACUCAUCACACAUUAAGUAACAAAGAAGAGCAUCAGACCUGUAAUGGUUCACCAGAGGACCCCAACACCAACACUGACACCGACCUGCAGCAGCUACCAGCCUCUCUCUGCCCUGAAUCUGUCAGUGUAGAGCUGAAGGAGGGAGACAAGGAGGAAAAAAAGGAGGAAGAGAUGGACACUCAAGGGGAGACCAAAAGAGGGGAUGAUGACGAAGACAGCCAGAGUGGAGCAUCAGGCAGUUUGUUAGUAAACCCCUUGGAGCCUCUCAAUUCUGACAAGCUGCAGGUGAAGAUUGCUGACCUCGGAAACGCCUGCUGGGUGCACAAACACUUCACAGACGACAUCCAGACACGGCAGUACCGUUCUCUAGAGGUGCUGAUGGGAGCCGGCUACAGUACACCAGCAGACAUCUGGAGCACGGCCUGCAUGGCCUUUGAGCUUGCAACUGGAGAUUACCUGUUUGAACCCCACUCUGGAGAAGACUACUCCAGAGAUGAAGAUCACAUAGCGCUUAUCAUCGAGCUGCUCGGUAAAGUCCCCCGGAAGCUGAUCUUGGCAGGCAAAUACUCCAAGGAGUUUUUCACUAAGAAAGGUGACCUCCGUCACAUCACCAAGCUAAAGCCGUGGGGGUUACUUGACGUACUGGUGGAAAAGUAUGAGUGGUCCAAAGACGAGGCACACACCUUCAGCAGCUUCCUGCAGCCCAUGCUGGACCUGGUGCCUGAAAGGAGGGCCAACGCGGCCCAAUGCCUCUCCCAUCCCUGGCUCACAUCCUAGAGGCCCCCCCUUAACAUCUCUGCCUCCUCUGUGAAGACCUCCACCCUCAUAGUGUGAAAGGAUAACUAAAGUUUGAAGAUCCUAGGCUUAUAAAAACAUCCUGAAAUAAAAACAAACACAUUCAUGUCUGCAAGACCCCACGAUUGCAUCGUGCACUGUGCCUGCAUUCUCCUGUCAUGGCUGUGAGAGGCCACCUACACACACUUUCGUAAACACAGUACAAAGAGGUUUGGAAUACACUGGUGAUAAAAGAAACUCUUGGACUCCUCCCUAUAUUUAUGACUUUUUUUUUAUUGGCUGCUUAGAUCUCAUCAACUACUCUUUUUUUCCUUUCCUGACUCCAACUCUUUUUCUGAUGUACAUGAAUGCUUUGCUACGCAUUCAAAGACUGCACUUGUCUACAAAUGCAGAAGAAGGCAGGAUGUUAAGAGUAAGCUAAAGAUCCCCAUCAAAACACUUAGUGUACGGUAGGUCAUGAGCUGAAUCUGUCUGUUUCCAGUUCAUCAUGUCAGCUUUGUUUUUGCCUUUUGCUGUCAAAUAGCAAAAUUGCUGCAUAAUGCUAACAGGCAUGAUGAGCCACUUCAUGGUCUUAACCUAGCUUAUCCUGAAAAACCUUUGUACAUUUGUAUGCUGGUGGAAAAAGACAGAAUUAGAAGUUAUAAAUUACACUUGUUCAGGGGAGGGAAUCAAAAAUCAAACUGUUCUUUACAAUCAUAUUGUUUUGGCUCCAGCAUGUUCCGAGGUGGGCGUUCAGAAAAAGCACUUGGCACAAUGCAUUAUAAUGUGAAAAACUGAACCUAAGUAGUCAGGUAGAGGUCACUUCAUGCUGUUUCAUACUUGGGUCACAUAUUUCCUGUCAUUUCCCACUCUUCUAAAGUCCAGUGUACAGUUCAGUGUACCAAAGAGUUGGCCUUGAGUUUUCCCCCCUUUCUAAAGCGAAAGCUUUGUAGUUUCAUGAAGAGACUUUUGAGGUCAGAAGUUUGAGCGUUUCCUUUUACACACUUUUUUGAAGAUGCCUCUUAAGAAUGUUGAAGCUGACUUCCGGCUGUGCAAGAAAUUGAACUUCAUUUCAAGUUCUUUUCAUUGCACCGUGGAGGUGUUGUAUCUGGAAAUAAUAGAUUGUACUAAAAAACGAAUGCUGUAAUAAUGCUUCAGAGUCCCUGAGACGCCGUAUUGCUUGUUUUUUCUACAGUCUUCUCUCCUCUAAAUGUCUACCCUCUUAAUUUGAUUGUCAUUUUUUUGUAGGCAAUAAGAAUAAACAUGUUUCAAAACCUAAAAUCA